UCACCAGCUGCGCUCCGAUGGGACACGAGAAGAAGCUGAUUUAAAUCAAAUCUGCAACCGUUCAUACUGAGCAGGAAUACCCGAGAGGAUCAGACAGGAAUGAAUCAGAUGAAAAACUCCCCUGAGGAGUUGCGCUCUCUUCCGCCAAGACCUCAGAGUUUACCUGCAGCUUCCCCGAAGAGACGGUUUGUCAGGCUGGGAAGGAAGACCAGUGAUGGCUCUCAGCAGUCAGCUUCAUCCACCAGCAGUUUAUCUACUUGCAGGUCAGCCGAGGGCGUCGCCGUCCGACAGCCCAGCAAGAGCCGCAUCCGUCGCCAUACCAACCGUCUCUCAGGUGUCUUUCUCCAUCGGCCCGCCUCCAGCUCAGGCUCCAUGGCGCUGACCGCAGGACUCAGAGUUGAGGCCCUGGACGACCCAGCCGAGCUGUCCAAUCAGAUAACUGCCCCGGGAAUCCUCAAGAUCUUUGGAAAUGAAAUCUGUGAAGGAGCUCACUACAAGAGCGUCCUGGCCACCACACACUCUAGCGCAAAAGAGCUCGUCAAGGAGGCCCUCGAACGGUAUGGCCUGGGUAAGGAAGAGGCAGAGUCCUAUGUUCUCUGUGACACCAUUGGCUCCAUUGGUAGCCUCCAGUGGAGAACAGAAGGGUUCAGAGUCGUGGGCGACAACGAGAAGCCUCUCCUCCUGCAGUCACUGUGGAAACCCAGAGAGGGUUUGGCAAGACGGUUUGAAAUCCAGAAGAGAAGCUCUGUGGAGGAGAAGACCUCCAAAGACAAGGACACCGUCACUGCUGGCAUCAACGCCCAGGCUCGUAAGCUGCAGAAGAGCCGCUCCAGAGUGACCUCCACCCUCAUAGACAGAACUCUGGGUCGGACCCAGAAACUGUGGAGGAGUAAAAGUGAGAUGGACCUCUUGGACACUGAGACCAAACAGGACAUGGAUCACGAUACGUGUGUCAAGGGUCGAUGUGAGAGCCUGAAUCGCUCUUCAGAGCAGUGCCCCAAAGCAGAUUUAGAACAGAAUCACAUUCACGGCCUGGCAGCUCCCUCCGAGGGGGACAGUGGGUCGCGGGCCAAAACAGAGACCCUCUGUCCGCCGAGGCCGAGGGGCGAGCGGGAAGGAGAGGAGUCGGAGAGGGAGGAGACGGAGAGCAGCGACGAUAACACCACACAGUACUCCAUUCACCCUCCUCACGACUGUCCCUACCUGCUGCUGCUGCAGGGUUGGAGCCUCGCACAGGACUUUGUCAUCUAUCUACUCGCUGGCCCAAACAUUGUUAUUGGUCAGAAAAGUGAUCACGAAGAUGAGUCGAAGGUUGACGUCCUCCUCUUUGCCGCCGACAUCCUACCGAGACACUGCUGCCUCCAUCGCUGCAGCGCCGGCGGCCCCACCAUUCUCUGCCCGGGUCAGGGCGCCGUGGUCACGAGAAACGGCCAAGUGCUGAGAAAUGACACGCAGCUCAGCCCUGGUGAUGUUAUUGGGUUGGGGCAGCACUACCUGUUCCUUUUCAAAGAUCCCUUAGCUGUGACACAAAAGGAUGCAAAUAGUGCUGCUCCUGAGUCCAGCUUCCCUGCUUCUCCAUGGACACUCGGCCACACCACCUCUGCGGCUACAACAAGCCACACAGGAGAGAUGAUCCUCUGCAGCACCUGCAUCUCCACCUGCACUAAGUUCCAGAGCACAAACUGCAGACAGCCUCUCAGCGGAGGCCCUCCAGUUCUAAGCUCCCCCGAAGGCCACAGCCUGACUCUGGACUAUAAGGCUGAGGACGAGGAUCGUAUUGUCAAGGAGAUUGUUGCUAUGGGAAGCAGCAGCAGCAGCAUCAACAGCAGUCCACCGUUGACUGUCUCCUUUUUGUUGUGCAUGUGUGUUCAGCAUUCAUCAGCGUGUCUUCAUACCUCAGACCUCCGCAGGCUCCUGUUGCUCACUGCGAGUGCAGUUCAGAAUGUCAUGUGGGAGCACACCAAGGACCUAGCUGCAGUUCAGCGUGAAGCACUCAGCGAUGACGGCUCAAACUCAGAAUACCUAAAAGAGCUGAGCCUGCAUGAGGUGAUCUCGGGACUGCGCCCCCUGGUGGCGUGGAUGUCCAACAGUCUGGAGCUGCUGCAGUUCAUUCAGUACCAGCUGCCUCUUAUUCUGGAGUGGCGAACCCGAAAGGAGCAGGGACAGGAGGAGGAAGAGAGGGAGGAUGACGACAGCAAGGAAGCAGAGAGCUUGGCCCUGCUGGAGCUUCGUCUGUCGUGUGUCCGUUCAGCCAGUGAGGAGACGAUGGCCGUCCUGGAGGAAGUCAUCAUGCUGGCCUUCCAGCAGUGUGUCUACUACGUUACAAAGGUCCUUUACCCAAUCCUGCCGGGACUUCUGGACUGCAACCCAUUCAGGGGGAGUCACGAGGGGGCUGGUGAGAGUGCUCUGGUCCUGGGUAGCGGAGGGCUGCAGGUCCCGGGGGAGAUCCAGCAGGUGGUGGAGGUUCUGACCGAGAGCUGGACGCUGCUCUCAGACUGUCAGCUCCACCCGGAGGUCUCCUCUCAGCUCAUUGGCUACCUCUUCUACUUUAUCAACGCGUCGCUCUUCAACUCACUUAUGGAGAGAGGCUCCGAGCCAGGCUUCUACCAGUGGUCCAGAGGCGUGCGAAUGCGGGCCAACCUGGACGUGCUCCUGGACUGGGCCCAUGCAGCUGGACUGGGAGAAGUGGCCUCAGAGCACACACACACCCUCUCCUCGGCUAUCAAUCUGCUGGCUACACCUCGGAAGAAUUUACUGCAGAACAUCCAGGAGCAUCUGGUUGGUAUCAGCACAGUGAAGGUGAACUUCCAGGUAGGCUGGCUAAUUAAGUGUGCAGUUAAUAACGUGCUAUGUGCCUCAGCUGAGCUUAGCAAGUUUUUAAAUUAUGGUUUUCAAAUGCGUUCGUCAUGUUCUAAUCGUGUUUCUCUUCAGGGUGGUGACAUUCAGAUGGAUGCUGAACUGACCAAGAUGACCCUUCCAAAUGCUGUUGUGGAAACCUCGGCUACACCUCCAUCUGAGGACAACUUAUCUCAGGCAGAUGUCCAAAACUGCAUGCACUCUUCUACUACCUCUGUUGCUUUACCUCCAUUGCCACCGUCACCCCCUUCCCCUCUCUUCACCCACUACCUGGAGGAGUUCAGCUCCUGCGGCGCCGACAUUUUGUCCCAAAAGCUUAGAAAUCUAGAGCUGCAGACCAGAGAGACUGAGAGCAUUGAGUUGAAGAGGUCAGCUCUGGACCCCUCCUGUCUCCUCACCCCACCCAACACCCCACACUCCAUAGAUCCUGUAGACCUGAUGAACGUGGACCAGGAGAGAUGGAUGAGAGCUGACAGUGAGGCACUUACUUGGUCCACUGGAGUUGAUGCACAUGAUGAAGGUGGAUUUGUGUUUGAAUGUCUGGCUGCACUGAAAGUAGACCGUCUGAAAUCAGAUUGCAGCAGUAUGAAAAGACUAGUAGAGCUAAAAGAAGAAGACGAGGAGGAGCAGGACGAGGUGGAGGAGGAGGAGGAGGAGGCAGAUGACCAUUACGAUGCCAACAAUGAGGAGGUUUUUAGCUUGGAGCUGGAGCGAGGUGAAAGAGGACUUGGUCUCGCUCUGGUUGACACAAGGGACUCUUCGUUGAAGGUGAAGGGCAUCUUUAUCCGUGCGGUGGUCCCAGACUCUCCGGCAGCCCGCUGUGAGAGGCUGCUACCAGGAGACAGGAUCCUGGCUGUUAACGGAGUCAGUCUGCUUGGACUGGAUUACCAGAGUGGAAAGGAGCUGAUCCAGUCAUCGGGUGCCAGACUGAGGUUACUGGUGGCCAGAUCAGCCUGGAUGGCCGAGACAAUACGGACUGAAUGCUGACACUACGUUUGUUAAGAGACUAUCGAUGCACCGUCAGCACUUAAAGAUGACUGUGAGAGCUUGUUGAACAUUUAAGUUCAGGAUAUGAAGAACAAAAAUGCACUAUGGAAUGAGUUACGUCCUGGUUUUUGUAUGGUCAACGUAGUUUUGCAGCUUUUUAAUUUACGUGGUAAUAGCAUGAUAGUAAUUAUUGAUGUGUAUGUGCGAGACUGUUUCCCAGUGAAUAAGAUGUUUGGAAGUUUGCCUCAUAUUUUUAAAAUUUGCUUGGUAUGGUUGGGUCAGGGUUGGAUUCAUACUUAGGUGCCAUUUGUUUUGUUUUUUUACACUGCUACUGAGUCCAGCCUACAGACUGUGUAGAAAAGGUGGACAUAAUGUUAGUUUGUAGACUGUUAUAAUGAAGCCUCAAAUGUGGAAUUUGGUCGUGGCUAUGUUGGUCUUUUAAAACUGUACGUAACAAGCUAGCAGUGGAUCUGACAGGAACAAUACGCAUGGUUUAUGCCCUACUUCAUCAUGUAUUUCACUCAAAAUGGAACCAUAACUUACUAAAUAAACUCCAUUCUGUAUUGAAGGAAACUUAAAAUUAACAAUUGAAUCCAUACACAUAUUAGGAAAAUGUUUACUCGGGCAACAAGUGAAAAGAAGUGUCAUUUUUUCAUAGGCUUUCAUACAGUAGGACUUAAUUUUGGAACUAGAUAUGUCGCCCCCUGCUGGCUGUUAGAAAGAAUGCAAAUUUAUUGCACUCCAUCGCUUUACUUUUUAAACCUGGAGGCGUAGUCCAUCCUCUAUAUACAGUCAAUAAUCCACUCCUUAUUUAAGCAGCAUUUUAAACUCUAAAGCCAGUCAUGAAUGAUAUGAGGACCUCGACGCAACAACCCUUAACGGCACCUCUAGAUGGACCCUUGGAGUCAUGCCACAUGCACUAACAUAUACAGGACAAUGUGCAACAUUUUCAACCUGUUACCGAUGUGCAGCUACUACCAGCAUAAAGCAGAAGUUGCUCGCACAGCAAAGACCAUCCUAUAUUUCUACUUGCGCAACUGAUUGAGAGCACCAGAUAAGUCAGCUCACGUGGACGUCUCCCCCUUUUGUAAAUACUUUCCAAAUAAUACCAUUUGUCUGCAGAGAAUAACUACAGUGUAACAUCGUUGCUGUUGUUGAUUUGUUGUAUUAUUAUUAUUCAACUGGAUAAAAUCAUUGGACGUGUGAUGGUUGUUACAUGUUAAACCAUAAAAAUAUAUCGUCACAUUUUUA